UUAGUUAUCGAUUUGUACCACAAAAUCAAGAAAAAAUUUGGAAAAGAUCCCUUAAAAAAUGGCUCCCUUGAAAUUCAUUGCCACAUUUUCCUUGAUGAUGCUGGCAUAUGAUAAUGCUGAAGCUCGUCCUCCUCUACGUCCAUCUCCAAUGCUAACGGUAGAAUAUGAACUAAAUUAUAAAAAAAAGCCUAUUACUACUAAUGAAGACGAGUGUGAGGAAACUCCUGCUCCUGAAGAGGAGUGUACUGAAGCAGUUACUGAAGAGGAAUGUACUGAGGAAGUUACUGAAGAGGAAUGUACUGACGAAGUUACUGAAGAGGAAUGUCUUGAGGAUAUUACUGAGGAGGAAGUUGAGGAAUGUACUACAGAGGAGGAAGAUGAGGAAGGUAAAAAUGAGGAGGAAGAUGAGGAAUGUAAAACUGUAGAGGAAACUGAGCCUCCUUGUGAGGAGGGAGGUGAGAAAAUGGCAGGACACACACAUUUCGUUCUUAAUAAACAUGAUAAAAAGCCUCCUAAAGAGUGCAAGCAAAUUACUCCCGAUGACGAGGAUGACGAGGAUGGCGACGGAGACAACGGAGGCGAUGGAUGGAACGGAGGCAAGGGAAAUAACGGAGGUAACGGAAGCGACGAAUCUACUACUCUUGGCAACAGGUCCACCAAACAAACUCUUCCAUCCUUACCAAUACCACCCUUAGAGCAACAGCCUACUACUCCAGAGAAUGGGUCCUCUCCUCCCGGUAAUGGAGGCAACGGAGCCGACAAAUCUACUACUCCCGGCAACGGGUCCACCAAACCAACUCUUCCACCCUUAGAGGGACAGCCUACUACUCCUGAAAACGGGUCUUCUCCUUCCAGUGACGGAGCAAACGGAGGCAACGGAAGCAACGGAGGCACCGGAGGCGACGAAUCUACUACUCCCGGCAACGGAUCCACCAAACCAACUCUUCCACCCUUACCAGUACCACCCUUAGAGGGACAGCCUAUUACUCCCGAGAACGGGUCCUCUCCUCCCGGUGACGCAGGCGACGGAGGCAACAGAGGCAACGGAUCUACUACUUCCGAGAAUGGGUCCACCAAACAAACUUUUCAAAUACCACCCUUACCAAUACCACCCUUACCAGUACCACCCUUACCAGUACCACCGUUAGAGGGACAGCCUAUUACUCCCGAGAACGGGUCCUCUCCUCCCGGUGACGGAAGCAACGGAUCUACUACUCCCGGUAACGUGUCCAUCAAACCAACUCUUUCACCCUUACCACCCUUAGAAAGACAGUCUACUACUCCCGAGAACGGGUCCUCUCCUCCCGGUGACGGAGGCAACGAAUCUACUACUUCCAAGAACGGGUCCAGUCCUUCCGGCGACGGAAACGACGGCGGCAACGGAGUCAACGAAUCUCCCGGCAACGGGUCCACCAAACAAACUUUUCAAAUACCACCCUUACCAAUACCACCCUUACCAGUAUCACCCUUACCAGUACCACCGUUAGAGGGACAGCCUAUUACUCCCGAGAACGGGUCCUCUCCUCCCGGUGACGGAAGCAACGGAUCUACUACUCCCGGUAACGUGUCCAUCAAACCAACUCUUUCACCCUUACCACCCUUAGAAGGACAGUCUACUACUCCCGAGAACGGGUCCUCUCCUCCCGGUGACGGAGGCAACGAAUCUACUACUUCCAAGAACGGGUCCAGUCCUUCCGGCGACGGAAACGACGGAGGCAACGGAGGCGACGAAUCUACUACUCCCGGCAACGGGUCCAUUAAACAAACUCUUCCACCCUUACCACCCUUACCACCCUUACCAGUACCACCCUUAGAGGGACAGCCUAUUUCCAAGCCCAAAUGAGAAUAAUAGGAUAAUUUUUCAAACAUCAAUAAAUAAUUAUUGGGGGGAAAGUUUAUUUUAUUAUAGACUCUAGACCUAACUAAAUAAACGUUUAGCUUAUUAUUCUUUGAACGCAAUCAUAUAAGUGUUAAAGUAUUCUGCUACACUUUUUAAUUAUAAAAUAUGGUCAUUUUUGUGCACACCUAUAUCAUAUUUAGAAA